ACUGAACCGCUUGUGCUGAGACCCCCUGUUGGAUCAGAGGUCUACGGUCGACCUAGUUUGCAAUUUCGUCCAUUCUCCGGGAUCGGUUCCGGCCCUGUUGUUCACAAUCAACGUCGUCGUCGCCUGUUGUUAAUUUAUGUUCUCUGUGUGCUCAUCACCUUGGCCAUUGUGGCCGGAUUGCUGUUCGCGAUGUUUGUGCUGAAUUUCGGCCCGUUCGCCACCCACACUGCACACGGUUUCGGUCCACGGUCAAUGUGUCGUGUCUUCAGCCCACUGUUGCGAACCAGCUGGGUAGAAAGUCUGUCUGCCGAUGACAAUGUGUUGAAUGUGACAUUGACGGAUAUGCCUCGGUCGCAUACCUAUUGGAUUUUGCAUUUAUGCACGGCGUUCCUGACGGUCAUUCGUACGGAGGAUCGUUGCUUCAUUCGACCAAUGCGAGAUGAAAUGGUUCAAGCAUGUGCUCGAGGCUAUUUGAAACUGGUUCAUGAUGGUCAAGCACUUCCAGACUCCGUCGAGGCAAAGAUCAGAGAUGAAUUCUGGUUUACCGAACCGCCUAGCAGCACUCCGAAAGUGAUUCGUAACUCUUUGAUCAUGGCAUGGUGCGAAGGUGUGCCUGCAUUCCGAUUGGUCUCACGACCCCCACCAAGCGAUUUUGCGAACGGUUCACCCAAUACGGUAAGUGAUAUACUAUGCGAUCAAGGGGUUUUUCCACCGGUACACAUUACUGACUAA